CAGCUUGUCAACACGUGAGAGCUCGCCCAUUUAAAGUUUCGCUUUUGGUUUUUAUCAAAUAGUAUACCAAGAAACUAUUAAAUUGACAAAGAUACAGGUGCUGAAAAGGUAAAUGGCCAUAUAUAAAUGGUCUAUAUUUAAGCUCAAUUUCACUUCAAGAUACACAUACUGAAGUUGUGUUUCGCAAUAAUGGUUGUGAGGGAACUGACAUUUGUUGUCUGUUUUUGGACUGUCUGUACUGCUGGGCAUGAAUUCUUCUCAUCAACAGAUCAAAUUGCACAGCUUGUUGAGAAGAAAAAAGACCUACUGUUGAGCUUCAGUCAGUAUAUUGAUGCUGAAGAAAAGAAUGUAGAGGCGAUGAAGAGUGUUUAUCUGGAUCUUCUUCUUUCAUACUCCAACCCUGUGGACCCUGAGGAAAUCACAAGAGACCCUGUGGCAGCUUACAAACUCCUCAGACAACUGAGAAAUGAAUUAAUACAUAUCAUAAAACACAUUCAACCAAGUUUUCAUCAAUGCAACGAGUAUCAGGAUGAGUUGGAGCUCCUAGAGAUCCCACAGCUGAAGGACUUGGAUGGUGCUGCUUCAGGGCUGAUCAGACUGCAAGAGAUCUACAAACUCUAUCCAGAAGACAUAAUGAAAGAAAUGUUGUUAAGUGCAGACGAAGCUUUCCAUGUGGGGUUGGUUGCUCAUAACGAAGACAAAUUCCAGCAUGCAUUUCUCUGGUUUUGGUACAGUCUGGACAAAUUAACAGAAUAUUCAGCCACUACUGAGAAAGAGUUGUUACUUUAUGUUAUUUCCUCAGCAUAUCAUUUCGGCAGCCUACCUGUGGCAAUCUACUUCAACAAACAGCUUUUAAAUCUCGAUCCAACUGAUUAUGAAAUCAGAGAUCAGCUGAACAGACUCCUUCGCUUCCAGAGAAAAUCGAACCCUGACAUAUUCACACUGAACAAAGAGUCAAGAAGCUAUGAGAAAUUGUGCAGAGGAGAGCUUGACAAGAGGACCUCCAAGAGGCAGAGGGCGCUGUCCUGUAGGUACAGCACAGGUGGAGGAAACCCCAGACUGAUGUAUCCACCAGUGAAAGAGGAAGUGGAGUGGGACGAGCCUCCAAUCAUCAGAUAUCAUGACAUCAUUUCAGACAGAGAGAUAGAUAUCCUGAAGAACAUCUCUAGACCUCUGCUUUCUAGAUCGGAGGUUUAUCAAGAUGGAUGGGAUACAGCCUCACAAGACCAUGUUUCUCAAAGGGUUUUUCUACAAGAUGACCCUGUGGCUACUCGUGUCAGUCAGAGGAUUGCAGACGCUACUGGACUCUCCAUGGAAACAGCUGAAUCACUGCUUGUUCAAAAUUAUGGGAUUGGUGGCAGAUUUGAACCACAUUAUGAUGCACUGGAGACAGGAGUGAAUGACAGGAUUGCUACAUUCCUAAUUUAUAUGAGUGAUGUGGAGAUAGGGGGGGCCACCGUCUUCCCUGACAUCGGAGUUACAACGCGGCCAAAAAAGGGAUCAGCUGUGUUUUGGUACAACCUCCACAAGAAUGGUGAACUGGAUUUGAAUACACGCCAUGCUGGAUGCCCUGUGUUAGUGGGUAACAAAUGGGUGGCUAACAAAUGGAUCCAUGAGUUUGGACAGGAAUUCAAGAGGCCCUGUUCUUUGUCAGAAUGGGAGUGAAAUACUCUACAUGAUAUUUGCAUCUAUAUUAUGUAAAUAUACAGUACCACAGACAAAUUCAUGUGAAUGUUUUACUCUAUAUGUUAUGUUUAUUAUGUAUCAUAAAAGUUGAUCUGUCGUAUAUAUUUAUCAUAUAUUUGUCAAAGCCCUUCAGAUGAGCUAAUGUCUAUGGAUCUCUGAUCACAAAUAGAUCAUGGAUCUCUAGCCCAUAUGACAUCUCCGCCUUAACCAUAGCUCAAUAACUCGAACAUACAUUGUAGUUAGAUAUGUGCUUUUGUGUCUGCUAUACAAGUUCAUUACAAGUAGGGUUAGGUGUAGUUUUGAAAUGCUUUACAAUUAAUAUUUACAGUACGUUUUCAUCACAUCUUGCAUGCAAAACAAAUAUAAAAUCAAAAUUGAGUUA